AUGGAUCGGUACCUGUUGCUGGUCAUCUGGGGGGAAGGCAAAGUCCUCUCGGCGGCCAGUGGGGAGGCAGAGCUCGACCCCGGAACGCGCUGGGCCGAGGGCACCGAGAGGCAGCCGGACUUAGCUGCUGCUGCAAAUGUUUAUCACCUCCUCAAAAGAAGUAUUAGGGAUUCAAUUAAUCCAGAAGAUAGCACUUUCCCUGCCUGUUCAGUGGGCGGUACACCUGCUCCCAAGAAGUGGUUCUUUGCAGUGCAGGCAAUAUGUGGAUUUUAUCAGUUUUGUAGUUCUGACUGGGAAGAGAUACAUUUUGAUGCUGAAAACGAUGAAAUUGAAGAUGUUCUUCAGACAAAUAUCGAUGAAUGCCUGAGCGCUGCUGAAUGUUUUGAGGAGGAAGACAGUAACAGCAGAGAAUCAUUAUCCUUGGCUGAUCUGUAUGAAGAAUCUGCAGAAAAUUUGCAUCAAUUAUCAGACAAGCUUCCUGUGCCUGGUAGAGCAAUGAUCGAUAUACUGCUGUUGCCCUCUGACAGGGACCCGCCGAAGCUGAAGGACUGCUUACCUGCCGUAGGAGCUUUGAAGCAUUUGAAGGAAUGGCAUUCAGCAAAAAUGACCAUAGCAGGAAAUCAGUGUGAAAUAAAUUGCCAGAAAAUUGCAGAAUACCUUUCUGCGAAUAUUGUGCCUUUAGAGGAUCUCAGAAAUGUAAUUGACGCGAAGGAGUUAUGGAGAGGCAAGAUUCAGAUAUGGGAACAAAAGUUCCGUUCUGAAAUUAAUUUUCCUGAGGUUUCAUUAAAGGGAGUGACACCUACGAAUUUUAGCACGUCUCAUUUGAAUGCUUAUUUUCUUGCUAAAAAGAUGAUACCACCAAAGGAUAAGAAUAUUUUACCAAAGGUUUUCCAUUAUUACGGCCCUGCAUUAGAAUUUGUGCAGAUGGUCAAGUUAUCAGACGUGCCCUCCUGUUACAUGUCGGACAUUGAAUUCGAGUUAGGAAUGACCACACACAGCACCAAACGGAAUUCCAUGUUGCUGUUGGAACAGAUUUCUUUUCUCUGUGGCAAGGUCGGCGCCCUCUUUGUAUUACCCUGUACUGUUAGCAACAUACUUAUUCCACCUCCCAACCAGCUCAGUUCAAGGAAGUGGAAGGAGCAGAUUGCUAAAAAACCCAAGACAAUCCAUGUUCCAGAUGUUGAUGUGAAAGGAGAGUAUUCUGGCUACUAUUUCUUGUUACAAGGUGGUGGCAGUAGAAAAUGUAAGGCGACGCUGAUUCACUCAGCCAACCAGAUCAAUGGCUCUUUUGCACUGAAUUUAAUUCAUGGGGAGAAAACAAAAACAGAAGAAACCAAACAGAGCUCUCCUUUUGAUUUCACAUCACUUCCACUGUUUCCUGCGGAGCAGAUUGUACAGAGAGAGAAACAGUUAGCCCGUGUUCAAGCUUUGACUUUGAAAGAGUGUCUGAGAAGGAGAAAAUUGGCAAAGCAGCCUGAAACCAUUUCUGUUGAUGAGCUCAAAACUCUGUUAAUACUCACAAGGGAGCAGUAUUUAGAGAACUUGAAUGCUGUUAUUCCUAAAAGAACUCCGAUAGAGAGAGACAAAAUAAAAUCCUCCAUUGUGGUAAAUGAUGCCAUUUCAGUGGAACCUGAUUCUUCAAGUCUAAAGGAAGCGAAUGCACUAGAAUGGCCAAUGAGGCAUGUUCUUCAAAAUUUGGAAGCUUUUGAAAAAGCCAAACAAAAAAUGAGAACUGGUUCAUUGCCUCGUUCUUCUGAACAGUUGCUGGGACACAAAGAGAGUUCCCGGGACUCAAUGACUCAAUUGCUCGAUGCUAAAGAAUUGCUCAGACACUUUACCCCAGAUGGGUUACCAGCCGGCGAACUUCAGCCUUUGCCAAUUCAGAAGGGGGAAAAAACUUUUAUUCUGACGCCAGAACUCAGUCCCCGGAAACUUCGAGUCUUACCCUUUGAAAAGGCCUCAGUGUGUCACUAUCAUGGACUUGAGUAUUGCUUGGAUAACCGGAAAGCCUUAGAAAGAGAUGGGGAAUUUUCUGAGCUUCAGUCUCGCCUCAUCCGUUAUGAAACUCAAACUACCUGCACCCGGGAAGGCUUGUCAGUGCUGAGCCCUCUCCCCUCUCCUGCUGUUUCAUCCGAGCCGGGGAGUGUUCCUGACGGAGAAGCCUUACAAAGCGAACCACGCGCUGAAGCCUGUGGAUUGAGACGGCGUCCAAAGGAGCUGAGAUGCCUUUAUCCCCCAAAGAGGCUUGUGAAAUCGGAAAGUUCAGAUUCUCUCCUUUCCCAAGCAAAUGACAGCCAACGCCAUCCUCAUCACAUGGUGGCAUCCAGAAGACUGCAGGUGAAGGAACCAUUAGCGAGGACUGGCCCCUCUGUCUCAGCCCCUGCCACAGAAGCCAUAAAAGUCACUGAAAAGGCCAGACCCAGUCAGAAAAGUGUGCCCGAAUCCAAGCUGUCCCAGCGAAGCAAGGAAUCCCGAUCCCAGAAGCACACCCGGAUCCUGAAAGAAGUAGUGACUGAAACCCUGAAGAAACACAGAAUCACUGAGACCCAUGAAUGCUUUACUGCCUGCAGCCAGCGUCUUUUUGAAAUCUCGAAGUUCUAUCUAAAGGAUCUUAAAACUUCAAGGGGUCUAUUUGAAGAAAUGAAGAAAACUGCAAACAAAAAUGUUGUACAGGUGAUUGAAUGGGUAUUAGAAAAGACAAGCAAGAAAUAA